UGGGGUUUGAAAAAAAAAAAAAAAGUUUUAGUUCAAAACAUUAUUCCAUGGCUGACUUCACUCCGAACUUUCAAAGCUUAAAACCAUCAUCUUUCCCUCUAAUGGAUCAUAUAGAUCCCAACCAAAACCCAAACCUUAAUUUUCUUGACAACAUUCCAAUUUGGUUCAGUGACAGUUUCUUUAACAAUCAAACUGCUGUUCCUUCUCCUAGAUUCCUAGAAAACUGGGGAGAAAAUUUCCAAGGAAUUUUCUCUCAAGCCAAUCAGAUCAUAACUCCCAUUUCUUCUCCUGUUUUUGAGCCAAAAAAUCCAUUUGGAAAUGACCUCCAUGGAAGCAUCAAGAAAAGAAAGCUUGAAAAUAAUGAUGCAUAUGAAAGCAGCUCUGGCAACUCAACCCCUCAAGUUUCUGAAAAUGGGAUCAACACAAAAAAUAACAAUGGAAAAGGGAAGCGAUCGAAAAAAGGCGACACAUACGACGGCGACAAACCGAGGGAAGUGGUUCAUGUUAGAGCUAGAAGAGGUCAAGCAACAGACAGUCAUAGUGUAGCAGAAAGGAUAAGAAGAGGCAAAAUCAAUGAAAGAUUGAGAUGUUUACAAGACAUUGUUCCUGGAUGUUACAAGACAAUGGGAAUGGCAGUGAUGUUGGAUGAGAUAAUCAAUUAUGUGCAAUCUUUGCAGAAUCAAGUUGAGUUUCUUUCUAUGAAACUCACAGCUGCAAGCUCCUAUCAUGACUUCAACUCUGACGCAGAUGCUGAAGACAAACUGAAGGGAAAGGAAAUGAGAGAAGGAAAUGGAGGAUCAAUGAUUGCAUCAUCAACUCAACUUGGUGCCUUUGACUUGUGCUUUGGUUCUUAUUCAACAUUGCCAUUCAACACCAUAUGAUCAUUAUUAUAUGAACAACAACAUUAAUAAUUAGCUAAUAGUUUCUAUAUUAAUUAUUCUUCUCUCAUUUUUCCAUCACCAAAAUUUGUUCCCACUUUAAUUUUUAAGCCAUACUUAUAAAUUUAUUUAUCCUUGUAAUCAACCCUCUCAUACAUGUACUGAGAAAUUAAUUAUUUCAUGGAUAUAUCAUUGUCAUAAUUAAUAUUCAAUAAUCCAAUAUUAUUGGCCGGUUU